CUUCAUGUCAGACAACUGCAGUGUGAUGACAGGACGUCAUAACUCCGUCAUCAGUCGCAUUCGGGAGGUGCAACCAGAUAUAUUUGACUUGGGGUGUGUGUGCCAUUUGGCCAAUUUGUGUACUGUGGCAGCUGUUAAAACCAUACCAUUGCCUGUUGAGGACCUUCUGAUCGACAUCUUCUACCACUUUCAUCAUAGUGCCAAGCGCAAAGAAGAAUAUAAGGAAUUCCUGGACUUCCUUAAUAUUGAGCCAGCCAAGAUCCUCAAGCACUGUUCAACCAGAUGGCUUAGUCUUCAGAGAGCAGUUGAGCGAACUCUCCAUCAUUGGCCAGCCCUGAAGUCGUACUUCUUAUCUCACGAAGAUGUGGAGAAGCCUGGACGUGUCAAGAGAUGUGCUGACCUGUUGUCUAACUCUGAGAUGUUGCUCUACUUCCAUUUCCUGCAAUUUAUUCUCCCCUUCCUUGUGGAAUUCAACACCAUGUUCCAGGCAGAUGACACUCGUCUUCCAUACCUGGGAAAGGAGAUGCAACAACUCUUGAGGAAGCUGCUUGGAAAGUUUGUCUUGGCGAAGACGAUAAGGGAAGCAGAGGAUGUGACAGCCGUACCUUACAGAGACACCACUGUUCAUCUGAAAGAUCCAUACCUAGCUGUUGGACUUUGCACUCGGGCUUACCUAAGUGAGCAUGAUGAAGACACUCAAGGAGUCACAGCAAGGUUCUUCAGCAGUGUGAGGAGAUUUUACAUAGCAGCUGUGGACAAGAUGGUGAAGAAAUUCCCAUUUCAUGACCCAGUCAUCAACAAACUUCAGUUUCUUGUGCCUUCCUCACGGGAUCAUGUAAAUCCAGCAGAUGUUGUGGAGAUAGGGAAGAGAUUUCCUUCUGUCAUUCAGGAUGGUCAACUUGGCACCCUUGAGGAGGAAUAUAGAGAAUUUCAGUUAUGCCCGGAUGCUGACUUGCCAAAGUGGGAGGAUGGGAAAACACCUGUAGACAGUUUCUGGGGAGGGAUUGCCAGCUGUAAGACUGCAGUAACCAGGUCCAUGCGAUUCCCCAUUUUAUACAAACUGGCCACAUCAUUGUGUACCCUGCCGAACAGCAACGCUGACUGUGAACGAGUGUUUUCAGUGCUACGGAAGGUACAAACGGACCAAAGAUCACUUUUAGACCGGUCAACUUUGUCAGCUUUACUGACCUGCAAGCUGAACAGGGAUGAGGACUGCUACAAUUAUAAGCCAUCGACAACGACUUUAGCGACCGCGAAAUCCACAUGUGUUAGCUACAAUAAGGAACUGUCAUGUUCCCCCUCUAUCUUCAGAGAUUAGACUGAGUUUCUAUGCGAUAAAAUUAAAUUAUUUAAAUUAGUGACAUGUUUCUAAUGGUUUGGAUGCAAGAUUAUAUUGUGAGGUUGUUGUGAUUGGUUUUUUUCUUUAUGGAAUUGUGUUCAGAGUCAGAGUGAGACCUCUAUUUUGAUAUAAUUUAUUUCUACAA